AUGAAUGAUCCAAUGCAUAUUCAAGGACAAGAAGCUCAGAGCUAUAAAACAAUCGCUAGUCCAGCAAUGCCCCAACAUACGAGCAUACACAAAACAUCACUACUUCAGACAUCGGUUCCUUUAUCUAUACACCAUACGGAUCCUCAGAUUAAACCACAGACUACGGCCUAUCAGACAACAGCUUCUCUUAUAGAACGCACAAUGCCUUCAGUUAGUUCACAAGCCAGGACCAAGCAGAUUAUGUCACAAGAAACGGUUCCUCCGUCUAUACAGCAAAUGACUCCACCAAUUACAUCACAAACAACAACUAGUCAAAUUAUUCCACAAACAACACUUCAACAGAUUAGCUCGCAGACUACGGUCCGUCGGACGACGCUUCCUCCGUUUAUACAUGAAACAAUUCCUCAGAGUAGUUCACUAGCAAUGGAUCCUCCGUCUGUUCAGCAAACGUUCCCUCCAAGCAUACCACAAACAGCAAAUUCCCAAAUUGGACCACAAGCAACGAUUACUCCAACUAAAUUACAUUAUCUAAAGAGAGGCAUACUCAAUAUACACAAUAUUUUUAACAACAUAGCAUGGAUAGUAAAAACGUUUAUAGACAAUCCAUCUGAAUUUAAUUUCGACAUUAGCACACCUAAAUUGGAGGAAUUUGUUAAACAACUAGAUGAGCAAUCUGAGAGAUUUGACACAGAAAAAAAUAAAAUUUUUGACACCACAGAGAAAGGAUUAUUAACACUUUUGGGACAACAAGUAACAAAUUUAGUCAAUGGAACAAAGGAUAUAAUUAUUUUAUUGAAAUUGUUUGCUCGAGAGACUAGCCAAAAAGAAAAGUUAAGAACCAGAGAAGACAUACAAUUUUUAUAUACAAAAAUGUUGACUGAAAAUGAAUUAAUUAAGCAGAGACAGACAAAUUUUAUAAGGCAAAGUAAUGAACAAACAAGGCGAAGACGGAGUCAAGGUAGUUAUUCUAUGUUAGAAUGGGCCAUUAUAUACUACCAUAUUAAUUUGCAAUAG